AUGGCUUUGCUGAACAUGAAACAGAUCAACGAUCUCAGAAACAUCAGAGGUCGCACAUUGGAUCUUAUUUUUAUCAACGCUGAAAUCGCCUCGGAGUGUGUCGUGUCAGAGGCAGUCGAGCCCCUGCUCCAGACUGAUGCGUUUCAUCCAGCUCUUGUUUGCAAUUUGAACUGCCCUCACACUAUUAACUACAAUGAUAUUACUAAUGACAUGAAGUUCGACUUCCGCAAAGCUGAUUUUGUCUCACUUGCCAGCUGUCUCAACUUUUCCGCCAAUUGUGCCUCUGUCACGCCCUCGGAGGAAACCACCUCGGUCAAAUGGUCAACUUCGCGAACUGAAACGCCUACGAGCAGCUCCAUUGAGAAGAUAUACCAACUGUCGCAGUUUUUUCGAGAAGCAUAUGUACAAAGGAAAGAAAACGAUAUGAAGCGCAACCCCAAAAGCUUUUGGAGUUUUAUGAAUGAAAAACGCAAAACAAAUGGACUCCCAUCAACUGUUUUCCUUGGUACGAAAGUUGCCGAAUCUCAUGAGGAAAUUUGCAAUUUUUUUGCAGCCCACUUUUCCGGUGUGUUCAGUGCUGAGCCCGCUAACGAACAGUUCAUCAACCUGGCGUUAGGAUCAGUACCUCGCGAUGUUAUUGACAUAACAACCUUCUUGUUCACCGAAGAUGAAGUUCGCACAGCAAUUCGAAAAUUAAAAUCGUCUGUUGCAGCUGUGCCCGAUGGUAUACCAUCCAUUGUACUGAAGCUCUGUGCUGAAUCUAUUGCAACUCCGCUGACUAUCAUUUUCAACGUGUCACUAUCACAGGCGAAAUUCCCGGAGAUUCGUUCAUAUAUUUCACCUGCUCAACAUGGUUUCUUCAAGGGACGGUCAAUUGACACUAACCUCGCAGAAUCCUCAUCACUUUGCAUCGAGGCAAUGGAAGACGGAAAUCAAAUUGAUACAAUCUACACAGAUCUUAAGGCUGCCUUCGAUCGUGUUGACCAUCAAUUGUUGCUAACUAAAAUUGAACGUUUAGGUGCCUCUCCGCACUUCGUUAAAUGGUUGGGAUCCUACUUGAUCAACCGUAAGCUGAACAUCAAACUUGGAUCGACUUUCUCUUACAGCUUCACAAACAGCUCCGGAGUGCCUCAGGGAAGCAACUUGGGGCCUUCACUGUACUCGAUUUUCUUCAACGAUGUCUUGCUAUACCUACCUCCUGGCUGUAAGCUAGCGUAUGAUGAUGAUCUUAAAAUCUUCGUCAUUGUCGAAUCAGUAGAAGAUUGCAUUGAACUACAGCGACUGAUUAAAAUGUUCGAGAAAUGGUGCAUGUGGAACCAGCUUAUGAUCAGCGUACAGAAAUGCUGUGUCAUAUCCUUCACGAGAAAGAAAUCUGCAAUUGAGUGGGCUUACGAAAUCAACGGACGUCCGGUCGUCAGAGUUAGUGUUGUGCGAGACCUUGGAGUUUUAUUGGACUCACAGCUUUCGUUCAGAGAUCAUCACUCGAAUAUUAUUGCUAAAGCAAACAGAAACUUAGGAUUCAUCAUUAGAGCUGCCAAAAAUUUCCGUGACCCCUACUGCCUGCGAUUACUGUUCUACGCCCUUGUUCGCUCAGUACUGGAAACAGCUUCAAUCAUUUGGAGCCCCUACAUAAACUGUUGGGCCACUAGAAUCGAAGCUAUACAGUCGCGAUUCUUAAAAUUUGCACUAAGGUUGCUUCCUUGGAGUAACCCAACGAACUUACCACCCUACGAGGAUCGAUGCCGUCUCCUUAACAUGGAAACUCUGCAGUGUCAGCGGAAUUCAGCUACAGCACUGUUUGCUGCCAAGUUGUUGCUUGGUAAUAUUGACUCUCCCAACCUUCUGGAGCAAAUCAACCUAAAUGUGCCGUGCACCGAUACUCAGAAGCCGCGUGCGCGUCUGCCGACUAAGAACAGUGGACCACAACGCCCAACUCAAUAUACCUGCCCACCACAUCUGCGUACUUUGGAGAAUCAAUGCUAG